AUGAUUAUUUUCGUUCUCUUUGUCGUCUCAUCAUUCAUCUUCUUGUUCACAAGAUACACCCGUUCUCAAACCCGACCACCACUUCCACCCGGUCCUAAACCUCUGCCGUUAAUUGGCAGCAUAAUCACGAUGCUUCAAAACAAACCGACGUUCAGAUGGAUACACAGGAUGAUGGACGAAAUGGGUACCAAGAUCUUAUGCAUUCGCCUCGGAAACACUCAUGUUAUAGCCGUGAGCGACCCAAAGAUUGCUCGUGAAUUCUUGAAGGAAAAAGACGAGAUAUUCUCGUUAAGGCCAGAUUGCAUGUCGGGUUAUAUGGCAAGUGGUGGCUACUUGACAACCGUUCUUGUUCCAGCAAGUGAUCAACAUUGGAAGAAGAUGAGGAAAAUGCUGGCCACUGAAUUUCUUUCGUUGUCAAGGCAUAAGUGGCUAAAAAGUAAGCGAGAUGAAGAAGCUGAUAAUUUGCUUAGGUACAUUUACAAUCAGUGUGAGAUCAAUUCGAAUGUCACUAGAGGGGUUAUGAACGUACGGACUAUCGUGCAACAAUACUCGAGCAACACCAUCCGGAAGAUCAUAUUCGGAAGUAGGUAUUUCGGCAAAGGGAGUCCAGAUGGCGGACCUGGGCAAGAAGAGAUCGAACAUGUCGACUCACUUUUGGUCAUUCUUUCUUAUCUUUACGCAUUUUGUGUGACGGAUUAUUUCCCGUUGUUACGAUGGAUCACCGAUUUCGAUGGGCACGAAAGAAUCGUACGGAAAGCCGUUUGUACCGUAAGAAAACUUCAAGAUCAUUUGAUAGAUGAAAGGAUUCAACAAUGGAAAGACGGUAUCCGGACCAAUGAAGACGAUUUGCUUGACGUAUUCAUCAACCUUAAAACCCCGAUCUUAACCCGCGAUCAAAUCAAGGCGCAAAUCCUCGAAAUGAUACUUGCAGCAGUUGAUAAUCCAUCAAACGGCAUCGAGUGGGCGAUCGCCGAAAUGAUAAACCAGCCAAGGAUUUUCGAUCGAGCGAUCCACGAGCUCGAUUCCAUGGUUGGAAGAAACAGAUGGGUUCAAGAAUCCGAUAUACCGAACCUGAAUUACAUCAAAGCAUGUGCUAAGGAGGCUUACAGACUGCAUCCGGUUGCACCAUUCAACCUUCCUCAUGUCGCAUCUGUGGACACCACAGUCGCUGGAUACUUCAUACCAAAGGGUAGUAAUGUGCUACUGAGUCGGAUCGGACUAGGUCGGAACCCUGACGUGUGGGAUGACCCACUGACUUUCAACCCAGAUCGUCACAUGGUCGGCGAUGACGAGGUGGUGUUGACCGACUACAGUCUUCAGAUGAUAUCGUUUAGCACUGGUCGACGUGGGUGCGCUGGGGUGUUACUGGGCUCGACCAUGACUGUAAUGUUGCUGGCUAGGAUGGUCCAAGGGUUCACGUGGGAGUUGCCACCUAAUGAACCAUAUGUUGAUCUCAAAGAGAACCAUCAAGACAUAAUGAAGGCGAAGCCAUUGUUGGCCCUGGUGAAGCCUCGUUUGCCUCACCAUCUAUACCCCAUAUCUUGA